CGGGAAGGCUGGCAUGCGCCCCCUCAGCGCGUUUUCUCAGAGGUUCCGCCCCGCCCGCCUCACGUAAUGGUCGUGGCGGGCGCGCGCACCGCCCUCCUCAGCGGGCAGGCGGCAGCGGCUCUCGCGAGAGUUGGGGCGGCGGCGCGGAGGCGAGUUUGAACCCGGGAGCGGCGCGGGGCGGAGGUGGGGUGAGAGAAUAAGAUCAAGCGAGAUUUAAAUGGACUUCUGAAGUCUUGAAGUAAAAAGGGAGGAAGAAUGGAGACAGAGACUGUGUUAAGUCUUAGACAACAACUCAAGGAAGCAGAGAACGAGCGAAGGAAGGCAGCACAAUAUGGCUUACAUUUAUUGGAGUCUCAAAGUGAAGUUCAAAAUCAGUUGGAUCAAACACGUCGUGAAUUGACGGAGAAAACCGAGAAAUUUGAACAAGAGAAAUACUCUCUUCAGAGAGAAAUUGAACUUAAAAAUAGAAUGUUGGAAAGCUUGAGCUUUGAAUGUGAUGCCCUUAAGCAACAGCAGAACAUGCAACUGGAAAAACAGAAAGAACAACUUGCCAGAGUUCAUGGACAAGAAAUCAGUGACCUUAAAAACAAGUUGGAGAACCUGAAAGCAGAACUAGAUGAAACCCGACUCUCAGAAAAACAAUUGAGACACAAAGUGGAUCAUCAGAAAGAAAUAAUUGCUGCUAAAUCAGAAGAGCUACACAUGAUGUCUGAACGUGUACAUGAAACCAUGUCUUCAGAAAUGCUCAAUCUUCAGAUGGAGCUCACUGAACUAGAAAGUGUGAAGGCCAAUGUUGAAGAAAAGCUGAAUGAACUGCAGUACAGUAAAGAACAAUUAGAACUCAUAAACAGCAACUUACGUAAUCAGCUGGAGCGUCUACAGGGAGAGAAAGAAGAGAGGGAAAAAGAAGUUGUUUCUUACUGUAACGCAUUAGAGAAAGCUCGUGAAGCUAAUCAAGAGCUUCAGGUUCAGCUGGAUCAUGCAGUGCAGCAAUCUUUGGACCCUACAAGUAAAGGCAAUUCUCUCUUCGCUGAGGUGGAGGACCGUAGGGCAGAAAUGGAACGACAGCUGAUCAGUGUGAAAAUAAAAUAUCAGUCACUACAAAAACAGCACGCAUUCACUAGAGAACAGUUGCAAAGAAUGAAGCUGCAAAUGGCUACACUGUUACAGAUGAAAGGCUCUCAGGCAGAAUUUGAGCAGCUCGAGCGCUUACAGUCAAUGUUGGAGCAAAAGAAUGGUGAAAUAGAAGAUCUUCUUAUGAAAGUGAGACAAUUAGAAAAAUUUAAGACUUUAUAUGAGAAUGUGGAAGAAUGCAGAGCUAGUACUAGCUCAAAAGGAGAGUCUGAAGAUGGUUACUAUGCAGAUUUGCUGCAAAUGAAACUCGACAACUCAAACAAGGAAACUGAAACCUUGAAAAAUGAACUAUCCUUGCAGAGGAUGAAAGCUUUGUAUGAGAGCCAAAGGGUUCUGGAAGUUGAAAGGAAGCUCUUCACAAAUGAGAGGCAUUUGCAAGCUUGUCAGAGUGAGAAUAUGAAUUUGCGAGUUAUGCUGGAUGAGUUAAAAAUGAAAUAUGAACCUGAAGAGUUACUUAAAGUCACUAAAAUUAAAAAGAAGAGGGAGAAGAUUCCAGUGGACACUACCUGUGAAUAUCUGGACAGCAAAAAUACUUCAGUAAAAGAAGCUGCUCUCACUCAUUUGCCAAGUAAGGAAGAAACUAAGGUCACUUGCAAGAACUUGGAGCAAAGUGACUCUUCUCCCAAAAAACAAGUUCUUGAAACACCACCAAUAAAUGUAGCUCUUCAAAUGAUGCACAAAGUAGUUGAACCUGACAGAGAAAGAAAGAGAGUUAAAACUAAAGAUGAGAGUCAUGACAACUAUACUUCACACAACAGAAGUGGAAAUAUUUCUUUGACUUCGACUGCCCCCAGGUCAGUGUCAACUUCUGUGUGUGGUCAAGGUAAUCAGCACAGACCUGCAUCUCUUUUCUUUCGCUGCAUGAACUAUGCUAUCCACUUCUUUAUCUGUUUCCUCAGUGUUGCAUGCAGAGUAAUUCCUCAGCUCCGGCUGCCUGCGUUCAACCUCUUAAAGCCUUUUAGAAAGACUAAAAUGAUGGCUCAUGGAAAAGACUCUUGAAACUCUAACUACCUUUGAAAUAACUUUCCCAUUACUUGAAAAAGUUUAAGGUGUGCAGAUACUGUGACAGCUCACUCAGUUUGCUCUUCAUUCAGAAACAGGACUGUUUCUUGGUCCUUCAAAGCUGCUGUAUAGUUGGAUUACAUCUUAAGGUAACAGUCAGUAGGUAUCAUGCUUCAGUCUCUGAGGACAGCUGGAAUGAGGAAUGAUGUGGCUAAAAGCCUAAGAAUUACUGAAUAUUUUAGUAAUUAUUAAUCCCAUUUGGGUUAACAUAACUUGCAGUAUACAAAAUCGUUUAAUCAUGUUACGAAUUCAUAUUGGCAGGCCACUGACUUUACUAACCUGGAUGCAUGAUAACUUGAAAUAUAGCUGUUAAAAUUAAGAUCAAUCUUUUCCUGAGGAAAAAAACUGAGAAUUUCAGUUACUUUUUGUUAGAUAGUAAAGUAACUUGGCACAGUAAUUAUAACUUUUUUUCACCUUGGUAAAAGGAAUGUUGUUUCCCACCCACCAACCCCAAGGUGGUGCUUUUGUCUGCUGUUCAUAUUCAUAAUUACAAUAAACAUAGUAUUUUGGGGAUAGCUUAAAUGAUAUGAGCUUAUAUAUUGAUGAUAUUUGCUAGUAAAAAUAACACUUCUUCCUAGCUUCCCAUCACCCGCCCCCUUUCCUCUGAGCUUUCUUCAAUAUUUAAGGUGUGAUUCUGUGCGUAUCUCUGAUAGUUUGAAUUAAUUACGUGAUCAAAUUACUUUCAAAGAGAAAACAAUUGAACGUUUGACAGAAAUACAAUGAAGUUGAGGGGAUUUUUUUUCCAUUUUGUGAAGCCUCCCACAUCUGUAUCAUCCCACAUAGAAGCCAUUUUCUUUGGCUUUUCAUGUAGUGAUAUAAGGCUGGAGAGAAAAGAAUGGCUUGGGAAUCUGAAGCGACUUAAAGCCUAAACCCUUCCUGUCCAGAAAGUUGUAUUUCGUCUGUCCCCCCACAAUCAAGCUUCCACGUUUUCCCCCACCCCCAGUACACACACUACUUUAAUUUGUUGUUGCCUAUAGGGGUACUUGCUAUGUUCGCCAUAGCAGUAGCUUUAUAUUCAACAGAUUUUAUGAACCAUCCAAUGAGGAAAGGGUGUGCUAAAAUAAUGCAAACUUGAAUUUAGUUAAUUGAGUAUACACAACUUUUUAUGUGUGACUUGUUACGGGAUGAACUGUAGAUUCUUGAUGGUAUCAACAAGGAACUGUUCACUGACGUUGUUAAAAUUAGCAGUGUAACCUGAGUUGGGAUUUAAAUGCUUUGAUUGAGGGGAAAUGCUGUCUUGAUAUCCAGCAUCCCAGAGGGCAUAUGUGUUUCAAACGAAGUCUCAGCCUGUUCUGGAAUAAAAGUGAAGAAAGCUUAAAGAUACUUUAAGGUACUAUGGAAAUACUAUAUGUAAUGCAUAGGAAAGAAUAUGAUGAUUAGAACAGUAUUUCAGGUCCUGUCAAUAACAAAUACUUUUCAGACCAUUUUAAUGAAUCUAGAAUGGCAGCAGCUUCAAGGCUGGAGGAGGCCCUGCUAUGUGGAAGUCUGUACAGUAGAUCCAAAACUGCAUUCAGAUGUAGUUGGAUUGAUAUUUUGACUCUCAGAUCAAUUGUUCAUGGUUGCAUUAGAUACAAUUAACAGUUUUGAAGUAAGCAAACAGUACAAUCUUCUGAAAUGGUCUGGAAAAAAUAUGGUAGAAAGAGCAGUUUAAAUAGCUAUGUCAGUGUAUGCAGGGACUGUUCCUGAGGAGGAAGGAGCAGGGAAGUUAAGCUUGGGUUGUGAAAGUUGAGAGGAGUGAUGAUAUUAAUUAAUGAUGGUGUUCUGUGCACAUAAAGGUAUAGUUAUCAUGUAACGUGGGUGUGAAUAUCUAUCUUCAUUUUCUCUUAUUUAUAUGGAAAAGAAGGUAAAAUGUCUGCAAACAGAAAGCUAUUAGAAAUAGUUUGUGAACUGAAGAGGUAAUCCUCUUGCGAGCUGAAGGGGUUGAGGAGGGAAAAAUGUUUUAUGGGAUUGAUGUGUUGGAAGUAGAGGGAAAAGAAGUGGAAGAAGACAGUCGUAGUUCAGGUGGGUGUACUAACUUUGUACCCAUUGCCCUUGGUCCACAAGAAGAAUAAAAUAAAAGUCAUUAGCAGGGGAAGGAGGGACACCCCCACAAAACCACACACAUAUACACACAAAUAACACCUCCAUAUCCACCUUUAAGGUGUUCAAAAUGGUGUGAAGAACCAAUAAAGGCUAAAUCCAGACAGGUUCUGUUUGUAUUUGAAGUUACGUUAAUGAUCUAUUAAACCCCCAAUGAAUGAUCUUGUUAAGAUAACACUGAGGAUUCCCUUAACCGUAACCUGUUAUGACUUAUUAUGAAGUAGGAAGUUUUGGUAAAAUCUGAGCUUUUGAGAAGCUGACUUUUUUAAACAAAGCAUCUCUGGACUGUUCUGUGACGGACAUGGGUAAAAACCCUGCACAGUAAUAUUGCUAAAUGCAGAGGCACAAAAAGUAUGGGCAAGUUGAGCACAAAUGUGGACCUGAAAAUGGAGAGUUUGGGGGAAGAAGAAAAUAUUUGGCAUUGGUGUGGUAGGUAAUUGUCAGUGUUGCAUCUUGUGUGGAGGAAAAUAGGAUGCUCGAGCCAAGAAGGCUAAUGUGGUCAUUGGAGGGUGUUUUUUGUCACUGGAGUGGUAUUUGUGCAAUAAUCUGUCUAGUUAAGUUGUUAGAGUUGCAUGAAAUGUGGCACUAGAAAGAGCCAUAGCAAGUGUGAGUGGGUUGCAAACCUCAUUUCUAGCACGUGGUGUUAAUAAGUGUUGUCAUCCUAGCUUUGGAGUGAUUGAGAAGUAGUCAGAGAUGAUCUGUAUGUACUUAAUGGUGGCAGGUCUCCUUGCUUGUGGAAGUCUUGCUUGCUAAUGUGAUACUUAGCAAGAUAAAGAUAGAUAACUUUGAACUAUUAGUAUACGUACACAUUGCAGAUGUGUUGACUUAGAAAAGUUUUAAGGUAGCAAAUGAAACAUAGGAAAUGUGAUUGUUGAAAACAUGGUAGUUGAGACUAAAGGCUUAAAUAUUUUUGUGAUUAUUUUUAAUUGUUACUGCUAUUGUAAUUGAGAGGUUAUAGGUAGUGAUAUUUUCUUGGGCAAACUGGUCUAUAAAAAGAUAGAAUUCUGUACAAAAAUGCUUUUUUUUUUUACUUCUGAAACUCAAAUAGCAAGUUUCAGCCCUUGCUACCCAAUUUAGUUUGCCUUUAUUUUUGAGGUUGUUUGCUUCAGUUUGAACUAAGGAAGGACUUGUGUGCCUAAAAGCUUACUUGCUCUUAAAUUAUUUAGAUUGGUAGUGUAUGGCAAACUUAACCUCAUCUGGACUUGGGUUAAACAAGAAUCUUUUAACAGAAUGCCUGUGGCCAUUUGGCUGAGCAAGAGAUUCAGAUAACUAAUAUUCCCUUCAGGGUUUUAAGUGUGACACCCAUCCUCAGAAGGUAAAGUGGCAUCUGAUGAGACCAGUCAAGCUUUCUUAAGUGUGUAGAAGAACUACGUCAUGCUUAUGGAGUGUACAGAGAUAAAACGUGGUGGAAUCAUGUCAUAGUUGAACAAGCAUUUAUUUCAGAGCAAGUGUUUAAUGGUCUUCUCUUUCUGCUCUAUUCCCCUGUGCUGACAGUGGAUGGGAUUCCCUGAUGGUGUGGGGGAUGUUCUAGGAGCUGGCUUGGUAUGAGGGUUGCUGGGGUAGCCUGGGCUGGCUGCGAGAUGACCACCAAGCCAUUCCCUCACUCCCCCUUCCCAACAGGAUGGGGAGAGAAUAAGAUGAAAAAGGUCAUGGUGGAGAUACGCAGAGGUUGCUUACUAAUUACUGGGCAAAAAUAAACUCAACUUGAAGAUUAAUGCAAUUAAAAAUAGAGCAAUAGUGAAAAACAAAGACAAAACGAAGAUGCAAAAAAUCACAAUCACAAAAAUAAAAUAAUAUCACAAUGAACAACUCCCGCCACUUCUUCCCAGGCUCAACUUUGCUCCUUAGUUCCCAGUUUUUACCUUGUCCCUUCUGAGUGACACCAGGUGGAUGAGGAGUGGCAGCUUGUAGUCAGUUCAUGACACGCUCUGCUGUUCCUUCCUCACGCUUUUGCCCUGCUCCAGCUUCGUUCCCUUCCAUGGGGUAUGGCCUGGAGAUCUGCUCCGAUUUGGUUCUCCGUGGGCUGCAGGAGAACAACCUGCUUCACUGGGGUCAUCUUGCUGGACUGCAGGGCAGUCUCUGCUCAGGUGCCAGGAAAAUCUGCCCAUCCUUCUUUACUGACCUGGGUGUCUACAGGGUUGUUGCUCACGUGUUUUUUCUCACUGUUGCUGUGCAGUUUUUUUCUUUAAUCCUUUCUUAAAUACGUUAUCACAGGGGUGUCCCCAGUGUUGCCAUUAGCUCAGCCUUGGCCAGCAGCAGGUUUGUGUUGGAGAUGGCUCUGGCUGGCAUGAGGGCAGACCCUGGUUGCUUCUUACAGAGGCCACUACUGCACUCACUUCCCUCACUUCCCCCACCAGCACCUUUCUGCAUAAACCUAAUGCAUGGCUUAUCUGUCGUUAUGAAACUUGCUUUUUUUUUUUUUAAACCUGGAUUAGUUAGUUUUGCUUCGUGGCUGCGCAGCAUUGUACUGGCAACAACAGCAACGUACAGUUAAGAGUCAAGGAACAGUAAGUUAGUAGCUUCUUAGGAAAACUGUACAGUCAAGAGAGGAGUCCGUAAAAUUACUGUUACCUCUUCCUGGUCAACUAUAGAUUCAUUUUGAAAUUAACAAUACUACUUCAGAGAGAACUAUCUGUCACAUAGUGGUUCUCAAACUUUUACACUAUAAUACUUUAAGCAAACCUUGACUUUAAACUUAGAACAGUCAAUAGAUAUACUUUGCCUUUGACUUUUAUGAAUUCAGAGUUGCUAAACUCACAGCUAGGUUUCUGUGGUGCAAAAUGGGUUGUCUUAGAAUAUUGUUCAAGCUUUCUUAUAGGGGGAGGUGAGUGUUACUGAAUUCUGAACUCAAGCACAUGAAUUGGACUGUAUGAUUAAACAGAAAAAUAAGUUUAAAGUGUGACACUUCUGCGGAAUUGCCAGGCUAAAUCUCAAAAUGAAACAUGCACAUAAGCAGUCAUCAAGGCAGUGCGGGUAAGAAGUGCAGGUGAGCAUAAACUGAAUAAUGUCACUUUUUAAUAACACUGCUCAUCAAAGUGCAAUGGACUGUACUAAAAUGUACAUCCUUUUUAGAGUUAAAUUGAUGUGCACAUUUGAAAUUUCAAUUGUAUUUAUAGGGUGGCUACAGAGGUAGUAAAUACGGAUUUGAAACAUGUUUGAGGUUCCCACUAACAGCAGUGGAAUUAUUUCUGUAAUUGUUGUGGCUGAGUAUAUUAAAAAGGUAGGAGAGCUUUUCCAGGAUGCUUGAGAUACGUAGUGGUAUUGUCUCCAACUUUGAAUUGUGAUUGAAAAACUACACUUUCCAACUUCGUCAGUCUAGGUAGUCAUUGCUUGAGACACUUGAAUGGCUGUGUGUUGUAUUGGCAUCGUGGUGAACCCUGGAGUGGAACUCGUCAAGCCGCUUUGUUUAGGUCUUCCAAAACUUAAGGCAUUGGUCUCUGGGUUAGAACUCCAGUUCUUCAACAGAUAGCAAGAUGGUUCAGCUGGUACGUGGAGGCUGUAGUUAUUCUUUGCUGUAGACAGCAAAGAGCAGGUGAGCAUUUUGUUAUGAAAUAAUUUUGGAAUUAACUGAAAAUGGAUUUUGUCCCUUCUCUUGUUGCAUGUAGUAUCCUGAAGUAUUUCCAGGCCAACUAUAAUACACUGAAGUGAAAGAUGUCUGGUGGAGCCCUGACAUGGGUUGCUGGUAUUUAUUUGUUUGGAUUGUUAGCGGGAGCCUUACCUGUUCAUUAUCACCUUUAAAGCUUUUUUGUCACUUCUCAGUGCGUAUUUACUGUAAGCUAAAAUUUUUGGAAGCGGAAGCAAAUUACGGUUAUCUGUUGCUGACCCAGAUAAAAAAUGUAACCAACUUAAGGAGUUUACCAGUCUGAAAUAUCUCAUUUUAUUCUCAUAAGUCAGUAUCAGUCCUCUGAUAUUAUUAACAUAGUCUCAGAAACUUGGGUUACUUUAUGUUGACUUGUAUACCCAUUUUGCUGUACUUCAGAAGCAUAAAAUUAAGUUACUUUAAUAGCUCUUAACUUUGAGACAGUGUGAUGUUUCUCAUAAGAAUUUGAUUUCCAGGGUUACUUUGCUACAUCUACAGUAUUAGGUGAUUCCGUUCAAGGAAAGUAUUCUGUAUAAAUCAAAUUGUGUUGCUUUGGAACAUAUUUCAAGUUAAUUCUGUUUUUGUUUGGCCUUUUUGGUUUGUUUGAAACUUUCCUUUGUUCUGUUCCCCCCCCCCCCCCCCCCCAACUUUUUAUAGGGACUUCUUGCUGGAAAUUUUGGCUGCUAGACUCUUUGGAGGGGCAGGGGGGUUGGACAGGUGUUGUUUAAGGUGGAAGAGAGGGAGGGACAAAUGAGUCUAGCGUAGAAACAGAUGCUUAGGCACGAGCAGUCCCUUCUUACAGAUGCUAGGGAAACAAGGGUGAACUGCAGAUUAAAAACUAACCAGAAGAUGAUUACUAAGAAUUCUCUCCUUCUUCCCUGAAUUAUAGGGGUUCUUGUUGUAAUUGUGUAGUUACUUGCAAGUUGCAAGUCUAAAAUGGAGUGCAGCUGGUGGCAAGCAGAUUAUGGACAAAAGAUGGUUACCCAUUGGAAUGACAGGUGUGGACUUGUUACAAAAUCAAUGCUGGAAUGCAAACGGUCCUACAAAGGGGAGAUGCACAGCAAACCGUACUUGUUAUUUAGUGUUUUGAGACAGUGCUUAGAGAAAACAAUGUGCAGAAAACUUAAAAUGGUUAAGUGCUUUAUUUGAUAUGUGUGUAUGUAAAGAUCAAGUUAGGAGGAAGGGGGGAAAAUCUAAGUUGAGGUUCCCAAAAUACUCCUAUUCCAGUUGCUUUCAUGUUGUUUGUCUUUAGGCAUAUCUCUAUUACAAAUAAAUCUCUAAUGACUUUAGCAGUCCUUUUUGUUUGGAAAAUCAUUACUGAAAGCAGCUGUAGAUUGUUGUGGACUGCUCACUAGUGGCUCUUCAGACCGCUAGAAAUUAAUCAAGUUAUUAGAGAACUGCUUUAGUGGAGAUGUGGUGAUGAGUCAGCGUAAAACUUGUGUUAGUAUGUCAAGCAACGUGUAAUUUGCAACUUCACUUUCCAUAACUUGUUUUGCUGUUGAAACAAUCAUGUAUAAUAGUCAAUUAUCUGUAGGAGGUCCGGAGAUGCUACUAUCGAUUAGUUUUAAUGACAUUUGUAUGCUUAUUAAGUGAUUCUUAAUUAAAGCAUCCAAUUGUGCUGAGUGGUCUAAUUGUUUUUUAACUUAACAGCUUUGCGGUAGCUAACACUGUAUUCCUGUUUACAUUCAUAUCAGAAUUAAAACUUGUCACUGGACAAAUGAUGUAAUUUCAAGCCUGAAGAUCAAGUUCUUCCCAUUUCUUGUUUUCAGAUCUUCAGGAACUAAGAUAAAGCAGUAGUAAUGCAAAAAUGUGGUUGGAAACUAGUAUCUUGCUUUUUCGAGUCAUCUUUUGUAUUGUUAAUGCAAAAGCUCAACUUGAUCACGCCUGUAUGAUGUUGCUGGGACUUCACUUGGAGCUUUAUACUCCUGUGAUGUGAUCUUCUUUGCAUACAUGGCACAAUCAAUGUGUUUUUUUUUUUUAAAGGCUGAUCACAACCAGUUACCAAUUUCAGUAAGCUUUUUUGCUAGACUGCAGCAGAUAAGAGGCAAAAAAAGACAAUACGUGAAGUGAUGAAAUGUGAGGAGGAAUGAUACAAAGACACUUUUAACCUUAAUUUAUUCUUAAUACUCCUUGCUCUCUUUGCGCAUGAAUGCUCUUAAGCCAGUUGGCUUGCUCAGUUUUGCUUAACUUUUAUGUUAGCUCUGUUUUGUAAUAACUAAAUAUGUAUUUAGAACGGUUGCUUUGCCUGUAGGUUAACACCUGAAUCCAGAUUUGAAACCACGGAAAAUGAAGAUAAGAAGGAAAAUAUAAUCACGACUGAGAAGAAAACACAAAA